AUGUGGACACUAGUAGCAGUGGUAAUACACAUAGUCAAUUCAAUAAUCCUAGUCAUAUCAUGGAAAUCUUGUGAGACCAUUGACCCAGCUGCACCUGUAAAAGACAAUUCAUGGUCAUGUGUGAGACUUUAUGGACCAAGAUGGGAGAGGACACGGUACUGCGCUUUGUGUCGGAAAUCUGUGCCGGGACUAGAUCAUCAUUGGACAGUGCAGUUCGUAUUGCAAGUAGUGUAUGCGAUCUUAUGUUUACUGUGGCUGCAUUACUGCCCGUUCGAUGAUGCUCGCACGAUUGGUUACGUGGUGAAAAGCUGUUUAUUUGAUACGGUACGUACGAUUGGAUACUAUAUCGGCGCAAAGAACAGCGAGCUAAGCUGGAGGCUAGAAACAAGAAGACACACACUGGAACUGGUGGUGACGCAGGUGAAAACAGAUCUAGUAGUACGCGAGAAUCCGUCUCUUUUGAGACGUGUCAUGCCGUAA